CUCCCACAUCGCACAAGCAUUGACAUUCGACCUCCUGCCUAUUUGACAGCCUGAAUCGCUGACCCAGCUGGAAGAAUGAGCCUCACAAGCCCGAAUAUGCUGCGCGCCUAAUCCCUCGCUCGGUUAACAGUUCUCCAAAUACUGGGGGGCGGUGCAAUGAGCGAAAGAUAUCUACGGCGCCUCCGUCGGUGGAGGACUUUGUGGCCGCUUGUGUAUAAUGUGCUUGUGAAUUGCUCUUUUGCAGUUGACCGAGUGUCUUGGUUCCAAUCGUUUAUUUCCCAGCCAGCAGGUCGUUCCCCCGAAGAUCUGACGUCUGUCCUUUUAAUAGUUGCCGCUGGCUGUGUCUCCCAAUACUGGCUUCUCUUGAGGUUUCCUUUGCCCGUUUUGCUUUGCACCCUCUGAUGCGAGGCCAAUCCAAUGCCAAACAAGUUGAAUCGUCACUAGAGAAUCCAAGAGACCAUGGUCUCCGACAAUCACUCACUCUACACAUCCGACCUCUUGAUGGCGCACCUCCGAAGACAAGACACCUUCAAUGAUUCCGACUACGAGUCGUGCCCCGUUGGAGGCCAGUGGUGGAAGUGUGAAGAUGUCAACUAUCCAACAUUCAUCGGGUGCUGUUCAAGCAAUCCCUGCUCUGGGCAGAUGUGUCCUUCAGAAAAUUUGUAUCCCAUGGGCUUUGGGCCUGUCACAGCUCCUGUGCCUGACUAUCCAAACCAUUCUUGCCCAUAUGGUGGACUUUGGUAUACGUGCGCCGACAACUCUGUUCCCUUCCAAGGCUGCUGCGAUAGCAAUCCGUGCAAUGGCCAAGGAUGCCCCGCCUCUGAUCUACGAGCUGCCGGUGUUCAUACAGUUGUCGUGGCUGGAACUUCGACCUUCACAGUACCCUCAUCGGUUGCAACGACGAGUUCUGCUUCCGUCUCAUCGGCAUAUGCUACGACAACAUCAAGUACGGCCUUGCCGCAGCCAGUCUCCAAAUCAGUUGACACGGCUGCUAUAGCAGGUGGCGUUGCUGCCGCUGCGGUUGCCUUGACGAUCAUCAUUGGACUGGCAGUCUUUUGCCUCAUACGGCGCCGAAGGACAAAACAAUCUCUGCAAGAAUCCACGCAGUCGGGACGAGAGCCACAUGAAUACAAAGCAUUUUACAAGGAUCCUUUGGGUGCAGUCUUGACACCACUUCCUCGAUACCCAGGAAGCGCCUCCGCUAUUCAAGGCCCCUUCUCGCCUGCUCCUGCUUAUUACUCGCCUCGAGCACCCACGUCGCAAGACGGAGAACCCCAAGAGAUCAUGGGACUCGGCCUGACCGCGGAUGAAUUCAAUCGACGCAACAAAUCCAGGUCACCUGUCAACCACAACGUCGAGGGCCCUGUUGAACUUGCGACGCACCGCUUCUCAGCGAACCGUCCCGAUGCGGAGGCUAGAAGCCCUCUUUUGGAGUCGAGACCAAAGGAUAAACCCACCGACAAACCGACGACAAACCGGAAGCCAGAUACGCGAUCGCGACUACGCAGUCGUGCAGCCGUGGUUGACUUGCGUGCAGAAGUUUCACGGAGUCCUUCAAGAGGUCCAGCGAGGGGUUUCGAUUCUGACGACUGAGCGAUGGGGAGAUUGUUGUUGUGCAUCAAUCGAGACAAGGAGAGAUCAAUGUCGAAACAGAACAGUCGACUUUGUUGCUCUCUCUUUUUGGGAGCGGGCGAAACAAGGCCUUGUCCACGAAUAGCCCAUGCGGUCUAAAGUUGAUAUGACAAAUGCUCGAAAGUCAGAUUUCCACCUGGUGUCGCGACAACAGUCUUCCGCCAAUCGUCGUGAUGGAACAAUUACUUGAACGAGGCACAUUACGGUUUCGACCCUCCUAACCCGUGUCCAAGAGAUUCAUGGAAUGGAUUGUUGGCUGCAGUCCGGUGUCGCGCGCCGCCCACCAACCGGAUUCAGCAAGAUUUAUCCUUUUGGCCCGACACUCUGAGUCAGCGAUACGAUGUCGACGUGUCGCCGCAGUUAGCAAUGACGGACGCAGAUACACUCCAGCCUCCAUUUAAAAGGUUGUGCGUAGGAGCUCGAGCGGUUUUCCAGCUGUGCAUGCAAGGGCUUGGGGUUGGGAUACAUGCUAAUUGUGCCGGGAGGACUCUGUGUAAGAUAUCGGGUGAUGGUAUUUGCCAAUCUGGACAAGACUCGCUGUCGCGCAGGAAUGGUGUCGUCUUUGACGCCAAUGGACGAUUGAAUAGUGUGAAUUAGAAACCGUGGCCCAGUCCGUGCACAUAGAAGAAAGUGGUGAGGCUGAAGGCGGCCACCAACUCUGGGACGAGCGCAUAAUACACGCCAUCUGAUUGGGUCGGGGAUCUCUUGGCAUCAUUAUGUAAUCGAAAUUUUUCUUGUGG